AUGACUUGCAUCUUUCCUACCACGGCCUUGAUGCUUCUCCCUUCGCUACCCGCAAAGCCAGCGCUGCCCUAUCCGUCGCCGCCUUCCCAUCGCUCCCCAGACCGUCGCUGCUUUCCUGCCACUCUCCUGUCCGUCGCCGCCUUCCCGCUGCUGCCCUGUCCGUCGCCGCCUUCCUGCCGCUCCCCAGACCGUCGCCGCCUUCCCGUCGCCCCCUGCCCGGCUGCCUUCCUGCCUUCCCUCUUAGUGAGAGAAAAUUGGAUGACUGAUUUGUUUCGUAGUAGACCUAGAUCGAUCCGGACUUGA